AUGGUGCAACAAAGUCAAGAUACAGUCCUUGAGAUGGAAGGAAUUCUACUAGAUUCUUCAAGAAAAAUGGAAAAUGAACUUGAAAACGAUAUUCAUGGAAUUCAAGACAAAGCACAGUUUUGUAAACAGAAUUGCUGUGAGUUAUCAGAACGAAAGAACUUUGGGGGAAACUCAAAAACAUUUCAAACAACUGUUCAGAGAUCCUUCUUCGAAUUGAAAGGUUGCAGCUUCCGCCAAUGUGUUGUGAUGUGCUCAAAGCCACUGAUGCGGGACCAGGAGUUGGAGUGUCAAAUAUAGAAAUCCCCUUCAGAAAUGUUGAAACAGCAAGAAUGCACUCCUCGGAUCGUGUAAAUCGUAUUCACCGGGCCCCUGGAGACUCUGGACAGAAUGAAGCCGAGAGAUCAAAUGCAGCAAUUGGAGAUGCUUUGGUGGAUGGAGGGUCACUAAAAUGGCAGUAUUAUGGGCCUUUUGAUGACCUUGCUGAGGACGAAGUUGAUAAACUUUCAAUUUCAGAAGUCAAGAAAAGGGAGGAGGAAUGCUUGGAGAGUAUCUGA